AUGGUCCACUCCCUCGGUCCCAAUAUGGCUGCCGUUCUUCCUGCCAGGCAAGGGCUACUCACCGUCCAAGAACGCCCCGUCCCCACACCUGGUCAGGGUGACUUGUUGGUGCGCAAUGAAGCAGUUGCUGCAAAUCCCGCAGAUUGGAAAAUACAAAGUCUUGGUAUCAACAUCGACAAGUUCCCCGCCAUACUUGGUAGCGAUCUUUCCGGGACCGUUGUAUCUGUGGGACCCGGCGUAACACGCUUCCAAGCUGGCGACCGUGUAAUGGGAUUUGCACUAGGGAUGGUUACUGGAAACAACGACGCGUCAGCUUUACAAACGUAUACCCUUCUCAAUGAGACGGCGACUUCGCAUCUGCCCAAGAACCUGACAUUUGAACAAGGGGCCGCACUUCCGGUCGGUAUGACUACCGCGUCGAUAGCGCUGUUUGCAGAUCUCGAGCUGCCAAUGCGUGAAAGACAUGUUGACGAAGCGGGCGCUAUUCUUGUCUGGAGCGGAGCUUCGGCGGUUGGUGUUGCUGCAGUCCAGAUAGCACAUGCGCUGGGAUGGCCUGUUUAUGCGACAGCAAGUCCAAAGCACCAUGAGUGGUUGAAGAGACUGGGUGCAACGGGUGUAUGGGACUAUCGUGACCCACAGGUCGCACAGCACAUAGGUCAAGCUGCCCAAACUGCAGGACUCAAGAUUCGCGGCACGAUUGAUGCCAGAUCCGAGGACUCGUCUUUUGAUCAGGUCGCGGCGACGCUCGUCGCAGCUAACUCUAUACCUGGGGCCAAGAUCAGCACGGUACUGCCAUGGCCAGCAGAUAAGCCAACACCAGAAGGAGUUGAAGCUUGCGCCAUAAACUGUUUUCGCUUUAUGAAGGACCGCCAGGAUAUCGGGCGUUGGCUUUUCAGCUACUGGUUACAGAAAGCACUCGAGGAUGGAAGUAUCGAGCCUGCGCCAAAGCCUUGUAUUAUUGAAGGAGGUUUAAGGGAAGCGCAGAAGAUGCUGGACACUCUUAAAGCUGGGGCAAGUGGUGAAAAGUUUAUAGUGAAGAUUUAG